AUGACCAUCCAUAUUGACGCCUUUAUCAUCUCGGAGAAAAGCUUGUCAAGCGGCCCGCCAGUCACGAUCGAGUUUGGUGUGGCUUUGGUUCUUCUCAUUAACGUGCUGUCAAUAUUCUACGGAAGCAUUUUGCCUGUUCAGGAUGAGAAAAACCAAAUCUUACAAACUAAUGUGUGGCUCACGAUGAAAUGGAACGAUUUUCAGCUUCGAUGGAACCCUGCUGAUUACGGAAACAUUUCAAGUCUUCACGUACCUUGCGAUCGAGUAUGGCUUCCAGAUAUUGUAUUAUUCAACAAUGCUGAUGGAAACUAUGAAGUCUCUUUUCGAUCAAAUGCUUUCGUCGAAUCAAAUGGAAGUGUCACCUGGGUGCCGCCAGCGAUGUUCAAGAGCAGCUGUCGUAUAGACGUUGAAUGGUUGGUUAAUUAACU